CGGACCGACCGGGUACCACCAACAAAUUAGUUCCGGGUGGCUAACGUUAGCUGAAAUUUUAUCUCCCUAGCUCAGUUAUCCACACGGCGGAUUAACAGAAAUCCCGGAACAAGAUGGAUGGCGAGGAGAGAACUUUUGGUGGCUGUGAAGGGCCAGAUGCCAUGUAUGUGAAGCUCAUCUCCUCAGACGGCCAUGAAUUCAUUGUGAAAAGAGAACAUGCCUUAACAUCGGGAACCAUCAAAGCCAUGUUAAGUGGCCCAGGACAGUUUGCGGAGAACGAAACCAACGAGGUGAACUUCAGGGAGAUCCCGUCCCACGUCCUGUCCAAGGUCUGCAUGUAUUUCACCUACAAGGUCCGUUAUACCAACAGCUCCACAGAAAUACCAGAGUUCCCCAUCGCUCCCGAGAUCGCUCUGGAACUGCUCAUGGCUGCGAAUUUUUUGGAUUGUUAAAGUUACAACAUGGAUGUAAAAACCUGAAACAUU